CAACAGGAAAUCCUUUUUGUGGCCAGAAUUAUUAAAAGAGAGAGAGAGAGAGAGACGUCUUUCUCUUUCUUCACUCCACCACUUGCCUCUGUUAAACCAUGGCUUCUUCUAACAUCACUCUCCCAAGCUUUAAGUCCUAUUUUCUUAGCGGAAAACACCUCUCUAAUCGCCCUAUCAAACCCAGUUUCACAACUUACAAACCUCAAUCUCCACAAAGCCUACGACCAUGUGCAAAAUUCGACCUCUUCAAGAUCCUGGGAGGCAGAGGACUCUGCAAUGGCGAAGAGGGUCUACAACAAGAGCUGAGUAGAAAUGUCGACGAGCGAGCAUCGGAAGUCGCUUACAAAGAGCAGGAAAAUCCCGACAGUCCGGCGAUCCCGACGGUCGAGAGCGUCCCAGAAGAGAGUUUUGAGAAGGAGCUGAUGGGUCUAACAGGAGGAUUUCCUGGUGGUGAGAAGGGCUUGCAGUUGUUCAUUGAGAAAAACCCACCACCAGAAAAGCCAUCAGCUGGAAAGGCAACACAACUGAUAAACUUAAAGAAGCCGAAAGCACCUGAAUUGCCACUGUUGCUGCCUGGUAUGAUUGCCAUUGUGAGCAAUCCAAAUAGUCCAUAUUACAUGUACACUGGAAUUGUUCAGAGGAUCACUGAUGGAAAGGCUGGGGUUCUUUUUGAGGGAGGAAACUGGGAUCGGCUAACCACUUUUCGCAUCGAUGAGUUACAACGCAGAGAGAAGGGCCCUCCAGGGAAAAAUCCCCAGUCUGCUGUUCUGGAACCUCUGCUCAAAAAGGAUUCCGAAUGAUUCCUGUUUUUAGUUCCAUCA